AUUCUUUGUCAGUUUGCAAAAAAUCCUCAUCGUGUAGUCGCGUUUUCUCAGAAACAAAAGGAAGCAAAUCUCCGUUUUGUCCAAAUACAGUGCUAGAAUUUUGGAAAAAAUCUGAUUAAAUUUGAAAUUAUUUCAUUCCAUUCAAUUAUAUUUUAUUGCAAGUGAAUAUAUAGUGUGCCAACAUGACAACUGCAAUGGAUCUCGGAGGUCCGCAAGAAGUAUUAACAAAUAUACUAACACAGGAAGAAUUGGAACUGACACCGAAAAAUGUACAAGACAAAUUGAAGAAAUAUCUAGACGAAUUCUUUGAUGAAUAUUACAAGGAUAAAGCGGCCGCCAAUCGACUUCACGAUUACGAGUUGAAAGCGGAUGAAUUGCAAGCCCAAAUACAGGACUAUGAAGUUAAAUUGGCAAACUUCAAUCAAAAUGUUACUGAGUUACGUUCACAACUGGACACGGUAUCGGCAGAACGUAAACAGCUCUUGGAAACAACAAGUGCCUAUGAACGGGAAUUGGCAUCGCUGCGCAAUGACAAGAAAGCUGCUUGUGAUGAACGUGAUCAUUUGUUGAAGGUGAUCGAACGACACAACAGUGAAAUAGAACGUUUACAACAGGACUUAAAAGCCUAUCAGCAACAGUUAAAGGGAGCAAUCGCAGCAAAAUGUGAAGCCCUGGCACGCGUUGAUGAAAUCGAAAGCAAAGAAGUUACAUUGGAUUUCAAAGAACGACGCAUGGAACAAGAGCGGGAUAUGUUGCACAAACAAAUACAAACAUUAACACAGGACUUGAAUCGUAACAUUUCCGAAUUACAAAACAUACGCAGAGAAAAUACCAUGAACAGUAUGCAACUGGAGGCACGACUCUCCGAGAAGACUGAAGAAUUGAAAAUUGUUCAAAUUCAAUGCACCCAAUAUAAGGAGACGAUAGAGCGUCUAACGCAAAAUGUCCAAGAGCUGUCACAGAAGAUCUUGGCCCAGAAUGAAGAGGCACAAAAAAUGAUGGACUACUAUAAGAAGGAAUUGGAUGCUAAGACCAAAUUGGCUGAUCUCUACAAGAGUAAUUGUGAGGAUACCGAAAUGGAACGCACCGAGUUGACAACAGCCAUAUCGGAUCUGAAGAGAAUGUUGGCAGAAGCUAGUGAUCAGUAUGGUGAAUUGGAAACGAACUUUAAGGCCACCCAGUUGAGACAUGAACAGGAAUUGGAUGAAAAGCAGAAAAAUAUCGAUGAGUUGAAGGAAGAAAUUAAACAUGCCAAUGAAUUGCUCAAGGAAUUGAAAAAUGAAAGUGUGGAGAAUGCAAUUUCCAAAUUGGCUCCUACGGCGGCGGUGGCCUCACGUCUCAUUCGUGCUGAUAUGUCUUUGACUGAAUUAUAUUCUUUGUACGUUAAGACAAGUGAGGAAUGUGAAUUGCAAAAACGUGAACUGGCACGUUUAAAUUUGCAACUUAAGACCAUACUCAGUGAGUUAAACGAAAACGCUCCGAUGGUUAAGAAACAAGAACUAGAAUAUGAAAAACUUUUGGAAACCAACAAUAUCUUGGCUCAGCAAAGAGACGAAAUGUUGGCCAAAAAAACCGACUUGGAAGAACUGUUGGUUGAGGCCCAUGCCAAGAUAAGCCACAUGGAUCGGGAGAAUCGUAAACUGAAACAUUCCCAAACAGAUCUUAGUCGCCAAGUUUGUUAUUUGCUCAAGGAAGUAGAACAAUUGCGUAUUGGCCUUACAUCGGAAGGAGCCAAUAUGAGUGGUUCCUGCGGCAAUCUGAGUACCACUGAUGAAGUAAUUUCCAAGAAAUUAGUGACAUUCAAUAAUAUCACCGAGUUGCAAGAAAAUAACCAGAAGUUAUUGCUUUUGGUCAGGGAUUUGAGUACCAAAUUGGAAGAGGCCGAAACUCUAAAACAGGAAAUCGACGAAGCCUCCUAUCAGGAGAAGCUGGAGAAUUACGCCGCCAAAUUCCAAAGCAUGCAAGAUACUUUGAAUCAACAAAAUAAUACAGUGGCCACUUUGGUUUCGAAAUGUGAACGCUAUAAGAAAUUAUACUUUGAACUGCAGAGGAAAUUGAACAAACAGUCCACUUCCGUUGCUGAUGAUAUGAGCGACAAUGAUGAAGAAAUGCAGGAUGAUGAUGGUAAUGAAUCCCUAAAUGCCACAGGUCAGUCUGCCUUGAAUAAGAGUUCCAAUGCCGGCAGCAAAGAACAAGAAAAACGUAUAAAAGAUCUGGAACAACAACUGCACGAGGUCAAGGAACAAUACAAGACAUUGAAGGAACAAUACGAAUACUACUCAAAAGAGAAGAAGAAUAAUGAAAAGUUACUCAACGAGCAAUUUGAUUCCAUGCGUUCUGAGGUUAGAGAAUUAACCUCCACCAAUUGUAAAUUGGUGUCUUCUUUGGAUUACACCAAAGAACAGAUUAAAUUACAACAAAAGAAUAUUGCCACUUAUAAGCAGCAAAUUACUGCCUUGGAGGACCGCAAUAAGAACUAUGAAAACACCAUUGUGAAACAUGAACAAACCGUACUCUAUCUCAAGGAUGAAAUAAUGAAAUGCCAACGCCAACAAUCGGCUGCCGAGUCGGAAGCCAGUCGUGUCCGACAUGAAAAUCGUAUACUGAAGGAUUCGGUGGGACGUCUACAGGCCGAAAAAGAAGCCUAUCAUCGUGAACAACAAAGUCAAACUUUGUUGCUUAACAAUUUGGAAUUGAUCAAAGCCAAUCUGGAGAGGUCUGAGACAGAGGGUAAGGCUCGCUUGGAACAAAGAUUGGAUGAAACAGUACGAGAGCUUUCGGCCCAACGCAGAAGAUUCCAAGAAGAGGAAGAUCGUUUCCGCGAAACCACAAAUGAUUUGAAACGGCAAACGGAGUCGGCCAAGAAACUCAUGCAGGAAGAGAAGGAACAAGCGGACAAACUACGUAUGGAGUUGAUAAACGUUCGUGAAGAACUCACCACCAAAACACAACAAAUCGAUGAGCUGAGCAAGAAGUUACAGGAGAGCUUAACACCUUCCAAGAAUGACAAUCCAAUUGCAUUGGCCAACAAGAAGGCUCGAGAAUUUGAGGUGAAAUAUGAAGAGGCCAAGAUUGAAAUUGAAUCGCUGCAGACCAGCUUAAAGAAGGCCAAGGAACAUGCAGAUCAAUAUUACAAGAUGUCUCAAAAUGCUGAAACAGAAAUCAAAAAUCUACAUGACCUGCACACUUCGUAUGUGGAAAAGGCUGAAGCUGAAAUUAAAGAUUUGUGUGCCAAUGAACAAAAUCUCAAGUCUCGCAUUACUGAGCUUGAAGCCGAUUUGCAGCUGAGCGCAAUGAGUGAAGCCAAGGUUAAUCAAAAUCAACCAGCUGAACAGAUUAAACGUUUGCAGGACGAAUUGAAGGAUACCCUACAGAAACUGAGUGAAUGCAAUCGUAAUUUACGUACUCUACGUACUGAGAACAUUACCCUUUCGGAAAAUCUGAACAGUGUUGAAUCGAAAUAUGCCAAUGAGAUGAUAUUGCAUUCCGCUGAUAUACAGGAGUUGGGCAAAGUUAAACAGGAAUUAGUCAAGGUACAAAGUCAGAUCAAUGAACUUAUGGUGGAACGUGACAAUGCCAAGUUGGCUUUGGAAAAUCACAAAAAAGAUCAAGACGAAUCAUUGGUGUUGUUGCGCAAAGAAAAAGAAGAGCUUGAGAAACGUUUGGAAGAUCUCAAUGCGCUUAAUGCCAAUUUACAUGAUCAAAUCGAGGCAUUAUCGAAUAAAUUGACUACGCUAAGUCAGACAGCAGCUGCUGGUCCCACCAACAAUGACUCUGUUCUAAUGGACACUUCGAUUAGUGGUGGUGAUGCCAAUCGAUCCAUGGUUGAUGCUGAAGCUGAAAAUAAGAGCAAUGAACAAUUGCUGCAGAUUAUAAAGUUCCUACGUAAAGAAAAGGACCUCACAUUGGCCAAAUUGGAUAUACUGAAGGCAGAAAAUACACGCCUGCAAUCCGAAUUCAACAUUCUGCAAAAGAAGAAUGAAGAAUUACAAGACUUCCUUAAUCGUGAGAGAAGUAAGACCGAUACCAAUUUGGUAUCCGCUUCUAAACAUGAAGAAAUUUUACGUAAGAUUGAAACUCUAAAUGCCGUUACCGAUAGUAAUCGUGUCCUUCGAGAAGAACGUAAUGCCCUUACACAACGUGUUAAGGAAUUGAAUGAUCGCAUUAGUGCUUUGGAGGAUGAAUUGUUCCCAUUGCAAAAUCAAAAUCGUGAUUUGAAUACCAAGAUUGAAGAGAUACAAACCGAAAAUAGUAGCUUGCGUACCGAAGCGUUGAAAUGGCGUCAAAGAGCUAACGUUUUGGUAGAGAAGAGCAAUAAGAAUCCUGAAGAAUUUAAACGUUUACAAUCGGAGCGAGAAAAUUUAGCCAAAAUGUUAACUGCCGAAAAGGAACAAAUAAAAUCUCUCACCGAAGAAUUGCAAGUGCUGAAGGGAGAAAAAGCUAAAUUUGAUGGCGAAUUAGCAUCAUUGGAGAGACAGGUACAUAUGCUAACCGAAGAAAAGAAGAGCUUAACAGCCGAUGUAACCACUAUGAAGGUUACCAAUUCUCGCCUAAUGCAAGAAGUAAUGGAAAUGAAGAAUAAACUUUUGUCCAAAGAAGAAGCUGUGCAAAAGAUUACCGAAGAUUUGGAAGCUAAAGAACAUCAAUUACAAGACUCCAAAAACAAGGAGGUGCAAAUACGCAAAAUUGCCAAACGUUAUAAGGAUUCAUAUUUGGAGUUGUUGAACAAGACCCCAGCCACUACGGCUGCGGCAGGAGGUGAGACAGCGAAUGCCAAUGCUGGUGGUCAAGAGAAUGUCGAUGCCAGUGCAGCGGGCAAUGCUGCCGGCGAGAAUACUACUGUCUCAAAUGCCGAACUGGAACAACAUCGCUCAACUAUUGAAAACUUGAACGGGGUCAUUCGUACAAUGCAAGAAGAAAACGAAAAGAUUCGCAAGGAUUAUGAAGACCUUAAGGCUUCCGUUGAGAUUGAUGAGCGCACCAAAACUUUGUUGAGAGAAGCCAAGAGCCAUAUUGUCAAUUUGACGGAAUCACGCAAUGUUGUUAACAAUGAAUUGGCAGCGACCAAAACUAAGUUGUUGCAAUGCAAUGAAGCACAUGAAGCCAAAAUCAAUGAGCUGCAAUCGCAAUAUGAUGCAACAUUGCAGCGUUUGGAACGAGAACUACUGGAGCAGAACAAUCGCAACAAGGAAGAUUUGCAACGUUUGAUUAGAGAAAAUGAAUCGCUUAUCAUUCGCAUCAACCAAUUGAAUCGCCAGCUAGGUUUGCAGCAGUCUGCCAAACCUUCUACCAGCUCGGUGGCCAUAUCCGAUAAGGGUACCAUAUCUGAUUCCUCGCCGAGAACAGCAAAUGUCAAACCCAUGUCUGGUUCUGCAAGUGUGCAGCAAUCCGCGACCGUCACACCAUGGCGUGGUGGUGAAACUCCAUUGGCUAGUAUACGCCCAAUAUCUGUGCAAAAUACACGCACAGCAGCCAUUCUUCCCACAUCCCAACAAAGCUCAGCAGGCUCUACAGCUGUUGUGGCGGGUACCUCCACAUCCACUUCGUCUACAUCAUCGACUUCAACACCAUCUUCGACACCCAGUUCGGCCACCGGAAGCAGUAACACUGCUUUGGUGCCACCACAACAACAGGUUCAUACCACAGGCAGUGCUUCACUGGAAACUAUGUCCUCAUCGCCGACAUCGUCACACACCGAUUAUAUGCCCUCAACCAGUAGCUCGGCAUCGGUUGCUGUGGCUGCUAUACCUCCCAUGGGAUCGGCGGCAUCAGCUGCUGAAAGUUCCCAGGAAGCAGAAAGUAUCCAACAACCACAACAAAAUGAGCCACAACCUCAUGUUAGUGGUGGCAAUGUAAAUCAAGUACAAGUAGUGGCCCUAGUUUCUCCAAGGGUUGAAGGAUCAAGUGCAGCCACCUCUGCACCCUCCGUAACAGUUCAACUUAUUCAAGAUCCCAACAAUCCUCAGCCCAGUACAUCGCAGUCCUCAUCGGCUAUGUGUUCCUCCCACAUUGCAGUAAGCAGUCACAAUAGGCAUACACCUUCCAGUAGCAAUGUAACAACUACUCAGGCGGGAACAUCUGCUGGUCACAAACGUCCACGUGAAUUAGAAGGCGACUCUUCAACCACGGGAGAUGAUACUGAUAAGGGGACUUCGUCUAAGCACCCCAAACGCAUGAGGGCUCCCAUGCAUAGUGCUGAGGCUGCAGUAAUGACUGCUGCUGGUGUUUCAGAUUCGGGCAUUGAUGUUGAUCAAGUGCCCACCUCGUCUCAAAGGGACCAGGAAGACGAUGUUGUGGUUUUGGAUUCUGAAGAAGAUGAUGGCAUGGCUGAAGCGGAAGCCGAUGAAGGAGGACCGGCUGAUGCUGAUGGUGAACAUGAAGUUUAUGAAGACUAUGAUCAGGAUCAGGACAUGGAUGAAAAUGAAUGUCCUGAAGCUAAUGAAGGCAAUGCUGAUGUAGGUGAAGCCGACAACAAUGAAGUCGAUGUUGAUGAAGACAUGGAAAAUAGCGGCCAAUGUAGUUCUGCCGGUGUUGUAGGACAAACAGAUGCUGAUCCCUAUGCCACUGGGGCAAGUACGAGUGCAGCAGCUGCUGCCGCCCUGGCCAAAGUCCACAGUCAGGAUAAUAAUCAGCAAAGUCAGGCCAUUAGCAGUGGUAGUGGCGAAACUCCCGUCAGAAAACAGACCAGUUCCUUAAGUCGACAACAAAAAGCCACUUUGGUCAAACUUCAGCAAGGAUCCCAAGGAGAGGCCGGAAAUGAAACAUCUGAAACUUCAACUGCUAGACGUUCGGAAAGCUCCGAAAUUGUCAGCUCCCCACAAGAUUCCAAAUUUGGUUAUGGCGCAACCGAUACUGCCACCUCAAAUACUGUUCAACAAUCUGAUGAUAUCUCUGCAGAUGUGGGACAAGAAAUUCCCGAUGUGGUCGUUGAUGAUAGUGAAGCUGGAGCCGGCGGAGAAUUCCUAGGCGAAGAAUAUGAUGAUGAAAAGAAAAGUGGUGAUGUUACAUCUGAAGAAGCACAGAAGAGUUUAAACGAACAGGACGUUGAAGGCGAAGAAGAUGAUUUCAACGAAGAGGGUGGCGAAUCUGUUGAGGCAUCCGAAAAUGUAGACAGUGAAAGUCACCUAAGCAGUGGAGCCACACAAUCUGAGGAUGUACAACAAAAUCAAAUUGAAGCAACCUCAGAAGAAAAUGAAGGAGCCGAUGGUGUUUCGUCAGAAGGCGAAAAACAAGCCGUUGAGGAAGUUGAAGAGGAAGGUCGCGAAGCUGAGGCAUCUACAUCACCCUCCAUCAACACACGUUCCAAGGCCACUAAGGGCAUGACGGCGAAUCGUAGGCCCCAACGUGGUUUCCAUCGUGGCGGUGCUGCUAAUAGGCCUACUCCCAUUGUUUGGCAUGAAUCACCUGGUAAUUCACAACGCAACACCUCUCCCAGUCAACGUGCACAACAAGAGCAGCAACAAGGUGGCAGUCCAGGUCGCGGUGGUUUUGGCAAUCAACGUGGCCAGAGAGCACGUCGUAUGAGACGACCUGCAGGCAAUUUUUCCAAUAGAUUUUAAAUACUAGCAGACAGACAAACAGAAGACUUAGGUUUAGUUGUAGUAGAUAUGUGCACCACAACAUUCAUAUGAAACAAUACAUAUUGCAUUGUAUGUGUGUCAUUUGUUUUUGCUCCUCCUCACACGUUUAUAUGUGUCUCAUUAUUUUUUGUAUAAAUUUAUUCCAUUUGAAGAAUUUGUUUUUUUUCUUCUUGUUAGCAGAGGAACAGAAAAAAACUUCCAGCCUGCAUUUCUUUUUUGCUUGGGACUGCAACCUUAUUCUGCUAGAAAGUAUACCGAAAAUUUGCCAAACAAAAUUUGUUUUUCUUUUCAUGUGUUAAGGUAAUAUACAGACGCAACAUUUACACUUGAAACUGUCUUCACUUUUAAUUUUUGGAAUAGCAUCAAACUUUGAAUUGAUAUAAUCGAUCAAAGGGUUGUUUUCUUGUCGAUUUCAAAGUCAUUACAAUAUCAUUAAAUUUUUGUACUCCUAAGGUCAACUAUUAAAAUUUUUUAUUGCUUUUCAUCUUUAAAUUUAGUUGUAUACAAAACAUACAUCCUACAUUACAUAUAAUCAUUAUCUAUAGCACCCAUUACUACUAAAUAUUCGUAUACAUAAAAAACAUAUUUUUAAUAAUAGAAAUAGAAUUUAAUUUUAAAUACAUUAUUACCAUACAUAUUAAUUAUAACGUCUUAAAUUUACUAUUCAAGAAAUACAAGAACCGCAAGAAAUAAAUAUUUCCAACAUUAAUAAUAAUAGUAAUAAUAAA